AUGUCUACGCGCGACGCUUUUCGAAAGCGGACAGUUUUGGACGCCAUUCAUGCGCUCCACUACAUUGCAGAGCAACAGCAGGCUGUUCUACUGGGCGAAUAUGAAGCACAAAUCGUUCGGUUCCAACGGACGAUUCGCGCGUGUGCGACAAGGUUGCCAGAGAUUCCGACUAGCAGUCACGAGGCGGCGGCGGCGGCGGCAAGAAGCGCGCUUGAUCACGCCAUUGACUCGCUGGGGAACACCACAAUGCCCGACACGAACAACGUCGCCAGUGCCGCUGCAUCGCCAGCAGAACCGCAACGCUUCAAGGUAGCGGCGUCAUAUCAUUUGCCAGCAAGUGAAUCAUCCGAUGGCUGUCGAGGUCCAAGUCGCGAAACACCCUCAAUUGCUGCUCCGUCCGACGAUUGUCGAGACACCAGCUCACACGGCUCGCUCUUCCGUCGUGCUGAAAGCCACAGCAUCUCAAGCAUGUGCGAGUCAGUCGCACCGGGCACGAGGCCACCCGGCCAGGGAUGGAAGACCUGGGACCCGCGGCAUUCGCUCGUAGGCCUUGUGCGGCCGCCCGCGGCAUCGCGAAAGAGCAUGAUGCUGGACGCUCGCGCGCGCCGACGCCGUCGUCUCACUGCACUACACGAGCGCAAAACCAAUGACUCUAGACAAAAUUCCCAGAUACCGGUCGUACUGAACGCGCCACGAAAAGAGCCAGACCCGAUCAGGUCUGGCGCCCAGUCGCCACUGCCGUCGUCGUCAUCGUUGGAACGUGCCGCUGCAGCAGAAUCCGAUCAGUUCGCGUUCCACGACGAGAACAAUGAUCAACAGCUCAUGCAAGACGAGCGCCCCAACAUUCCAUCGGAGCGUUACGCUGGCACCCGAGAACAGCAGCGCACACCUGCACCGCCAGAGUCGCCGCUUGGAUCGCCUGCCUCCAACGCAGGGCAGCGUCAAACGAACCAGCGACGAGGCAUAAGAGAGCGCGCACAGCGCCAAGACCGCCGCUCUCACCGGUCACCCUCGAUACAGGCAGCCGAAAGGGCAGCACCAGCGGAAACGGAUGCGCUCAGUAUCGCCUGCGGGCGAUCAACGAGAGAGACAGCCGGUCGCACCUCGCAAGCCACCAAAAGGUCACGCGUGCAACGAAAGCGUGCUCCGCCACAGCACGCAUCUGAGCAGGAAGCGCAACCCGUUUCACCUAAGCGCGAUGCGGUGCUAAAUGCAGCAGCACCGGCCUUACAUGGUGCCCGCGCGUCGCCCGUGCAGCGCGUUGGAAGCGCGCGCUUCUCACGACCCUCUUCCACAUGUGCCGCUGAUGGAGCAGAGGCAGACUCAGGUGCAUCCGCUGUACCGUUGCGACCGAAAAAACGGCGAGAUUCUGGUCUGGCUCGAGUAGCGCCAUCGUCUGAGACGCACGCGAACGACCUCGCCACACGAGCACCCCGUGCGACUGCUCGACGGCAUCAGCAAAGCACUGCAGAUCGUGCGCGGGCAUUGGCCCUAGAGCUACUGUCGCCGUUCUCACGGGCCAAGGCGGAGAAUCGAACCCCGCACAAGGACGAGACGUACUGCCGACGAUGCAAGGGCAUGGAGGACCCCCAUCUGAUGCUUCUAUGUGAUCGAUGCGAUGACUGUUUCCACACGUACUGCUGUAGGCCGCCGCUGGACCAGGUGCCCCAGAAGGAUUGGUUCUGCGAAAAGUGCGCGCCAAGCGCUCCUAACCUGAGCGCAGCUGUCGACCAACCCAACACGAGCAGAAUGACGCCCAUGACGAACAUAUCGCUGGGCCAGAGCACUCCAGAGCAAACGCGACGAGCACCGCGAGCGCCAAUGCCGAGACGCCGUCAACGGCAGGCGCCGCCGUCCAGGUCACGCUCUGGUGCGGACAAAGCAGCGCGGGAGUCGUCGGUAAUCAAGCGCCUAGCGCCCGCUAGUCCCGAGCGAAUGCCGACCCGAACACGACGGCGUCGGCGCCGUCCCCAAGACGCUCUGCAGAACACGUCCCUACCGCCGGUAUCCAGAGGCAUGGCAUCGCCAAGAACAGCGUCGUCGAAACGAGCGGAGCGGCAGCAGUCGAUGCAUGGUGCUCGGCGCGCAACAUCGAGGGCUCCAGACACCAUAUCACCGGAUCAGGGCCGAGGCGCGAAUAACAGGCGAAGCGCUUCGCUGCCUGAAAAAAGCGCCCGCCUAUGCAAUCGAUCGCGUCCCUCGCUUCCGGUGGCAAUAUCGGAAAGUCUCAAUGGAGCCCUGCCAGGGCUUCAGACUCGAGUGCAAAUUCGCGAUGCGCACAACGUUUCGUUCACGAGCCCGUGCAUCAUUCGAACACGAAACGGAGCGGCGGAUGCGCCCCAUGCGUCAGCUGGAAUACAUCAGAAGCAAGCAGCAACCGAGCAGGAGCCGGUGCCCAUAGAGCCGUCCACUGCUGGAGAGAUUCAUUCAAACUGGACGUCCGCGCAAGCCGACGAUUCGGCAUCGGCUGCAGGGAGUGCCAGCAAAGCGCUGCCUUCGCCGCGGUACGAUGUGCAUCACCCGGCCUCGACAUCUGCUGCACAUUCAGAGUCGCAUCCAGAACGUCGACCGUCGACGAGCCAAGCCCGUAUCGAUUUGGCGGCGGCGGCGGCGGCGGCGGCUUUGGUGAAGCAGGACCCUGCGGAGGCCGCUUCAGACCCCGUACAUGGCUCAGGGACAUCCAGUGCUUGUCCAGCUGCAGCAUUGGCAGCUUCGCCCGCGGCCCUGAGCGACCCGCAAGGCGAAAAUUUCGCGCCCGCGGAAUCGACAUCUGUGGAUCCCUCUGGAGCCGCAGCGGCCGAUGCGCUGCGCCUGCCUGGGCCCAGUACGACGCCAACGACGCCUCGGGUCGAAAGCGCCAGGCUAGCUGUUCACGGAUCAUCGUUCGUAUCGCAAAAAGCUGCAGCAGUGUCGGAAACGCCGCCAAGCGAUAUGCAUCACAGGCAAUGGACGCCGCCGCGCGGCGAUAUUCCAUCCAGCGGGGCAGCAGUCGAGGCAUGCAGUCCCUGCCCCAAGCAUCUUCCGACGCGCUCGUUGGUGCUCGGGGACGUCUCGCCGCCAUCACCGCGACAACCGCAUGAUAAUGGCAUCGCGGACGAGGACACAGCUAUGCGCACGGAGGCCGCGAGCAUACCUCUGGCUACUGAUCCGUCAUCUGCGUUUCGCUGCGAAUCGAUGCCCGCACCUGCCGCUGAACAGCCUGCAGCAGCGCAGUCGCCAUCGCCCAGCGCUGCUGAUUCACCACUGAACCCUCUCUCUUGGUGCAUUCAGGGUCAGUUGCCUGCCGCGCUGCGCUUUAGUCCGCAACACGCCCCAUCCGAGAACGACGUCGAUGGAAUGGCACCAGAUGUGGGUGAACGGUGUCCAGGAGUGAGGUCAUCGCUCGAGCAAGUCACCGGGACCGUGGCGAGCAGUUGCGAAAUCCCAGCCGAAUCCAGAGCAGCGUCUGGGGGUGGUGCAGCUCCGCGGUCCAGCCUCCAAAACGUCACCGAGAAUAUCGCAGAUAGAGCGCGAUGGCAACGAAUGUCGAUAAGGGCGUCGCCAGCGCCGACACCAAAAACCGGUGUAUCGCCAUCGAUGUCCAGCAGACGCCGUGCAGCGUCUUUGCAGGAGACGCGCUUUGCGGCUAAUGUGCCAUCUGACUCGAUUCGUAAGCAUCGCUCAGGGUCAGGCACCAUGUCGCCGAGCCAGAUGAUGUCGCGCGCAUCAGUCACUAUCGAUGCGAACAGUCGCACACAUUGCACUGUGACAAAUCCCGGCCAAGACGUUGCCACAGAGACCAUCAGGGGUGUUCAGGCUUCGCUACAGGCCCCUGCUGGCAACGAGUGGCAUACUCCAGGGUCUCUCGCAACGCGCCCAGCUUUUGAUAACGCUUCAGGGCAUUCGCCGCGGAUGAACGCUGCCGAAGCGGGCGAUGAGGCCCUGCCCCGAACACCGGCAGCGUGCUCCCAGACCAAGGAGCGCUCACUGCGUACCCCGGCAUCGCAUCUAUCGUCUCCGGUGCAUCGAACAGCACCGAAUCGACGUAGCUCCGCAAUGCUUUCGCAAUCACCGCCAAUGCGGCGGUCGUUAGUGGAUCCAGAGCGGAACAGCGCACAGCUCGAAUACAACGAACCCCAAAAGGUUGCGGCGCCAGAGGCGAUCCGCACAAUGAUGGCCUUGACGAAUGGCGCCCAGCGUGCCGGCAGCGUCACCUGCAGCGACUUCGCCGCCGAAUGCCACCCGAGCGACCAUGCUGAAUCGUUUUCCACGGAGAAUGCCACAGAGACGGUUCGGGCACGACGCCGAUCGUCUGUGCAUCGAGGAGCUGUCGCGCCGAUAACGCCAUUGCCGCUGCCAACCUUCGCGCGAGCGCAGCAUGCCCUGAGUGCCAGUGGCAAUGCUACCACGGAAGCUUCGGCUGUUGAUGCGCAAGCGUCGGCGGCGAUGCGCCAGCUGGGCACGUCCAGCGCUCUGCCCGAGAACAGCGCCUACACAAUGGAGGGCGUGACGGCAUCUCAAGCGCAGAUGAAGGGUACACGCGAGCGUUCGGCUUCACUGAGCCCCGGGCGGCAUACAAUGCACCCGGGCCGUGGGUCCGCGUCACCUGCGCCAGCGCAUCGGCCAGUUGCCGCGUUCGCGAUGGCGCCAAUCGACUCGGUUGCGAGCCCAGAACAGGUUUAUCGCGCGCGCUGCGCUUCGCCAACCGCAUCCGGCCCCGGCUCGUUCGUGAAUGCGACCGACAUUGAAGGCCAGAUUUUCCAACUGGAACAGACGCUCGAAUGCGACCCAAAAUUGGCCACAGUACCGAGCGACGACAACGGCGCACUUGCGGAAAACGCGGAUGCGAUCCGAGCUGGGUCAUGUGGCCAGGAUGCAGCGAAUGGGCGAGUCGGGAACCCGGACUGCGCGGCGGACGCGGCACAGCAACCCGCUGUGGCGAGCGACUCCAGUUCGGUAGCGAUGCCGAGCUGCGCGGCGCCGGUCGAACUAGCGCCAUCAGCAGCGGCAGCGGCAGCGGCAGCGUCGCUGGUACCGGAUUCCGGCCAGGCGACGACUGCCAACGCCAAACUAGCGAGGCCCAGCCGUCCUCGCUCGCCAUUGAGUGCAGCUGGUGCAAGUGACCAGCAAGCGAGACGCUCACGAUCGCGCAGUCCAUCUGACGCCACGAACGCGAUAGACGGGUCGUUCCAUGCGCUCGAGCGCUCGCAAACUGCGACGGAGAUGCUGCUUUCCGUUCGUAGGGCGCCGGCAGCGUCAACCAGCGUCGCAUACGACGGCUACGACGCUCACGCACUGCGACUUGCAGACCCGAAGCGCGCUCCCGCAGCGGUAGACGAAACGAUCAUGCCACCAGCGCACGCCAGUGGAACGCCCAUGCCGCACCAUACCCUCUACGCUGCAGCUGCGCCUGGUGGUGAGCGCCAGCCGGGACCUGGCGGUGCUCCUGGCGGUGUUUCUAGCAGGCUCUCGAGAACCGAGGCCCUGCGCACGCGCAUCGAGCGGUUGCGCGCGAUGCGUGCUGGAGCGCUCCCGGUGUGCCCCAGUCCCAGUCGGAUCGAAGCUGUGGGAGCUGCCGGCGACCGAAGCUCGACGGUCCAGCACGAAAUGUGCGAGGAUCGCCAUCGCACCGGGCGCUCCACGUCGAGAGCUGCGCCAUCGCCUCCGCUGGAGCAGGAUGUCAGCGGCUAUGGUCUGCCGGGGAACGCUGCCGUCGCCACCGCAUCCGCUACAAUUUCCGCUGGAGCGGUUUCCACUCGUCAGACGCAUUCACCAGCGCGCAUGCAAGUAGAACCGCUGCAGAACGCCACUGAGCUGCAAGCCACCGGCACAAAUUCGGUGCUGAAACCGUCACCAAACAAAGCAUGGGCAACGCUGGGGCACGCAAGGAGCAGCCCGUCUCGUUACCGGAUCGUCAUAGCCACAAUGCCUCAAUCGAGCAAGCGCGUGCGCGGGGCUUCGCCCAGCCCCGAGACGCUCAAGAGUCGGAUGGAUCAGCGCGCCUCGCCGAACUGCGUCCCAGCUUCGCUGAAACAACCCACAGCAGUGGACACGACGUCGCUUACGCCUGUCUCAGCGACGCCUUCGCGCACAGCAGUGAAGCCCCUGGUCGAUCUCAACGGGAAUCCAUCUCCAAGGCAAGCUCCCGUGGAUGCAGAGGCGCCCCUCGAUGUCCAGGACGCAUACCGCCAACGGCGCGAGGAGAAACGACGCCGCAUUUUGGAGCAUCAAAGAAGGCUCGCACUGGAGACCGAGCGCCAGCAGGCACGUCUUGCGCCGCUCCGUCAACAACAGGUCGUAGCGAGUGGUCUGCUCAAGUCGCAUGGGACAAAGCCAGCGUCCCAGAUAGCUGCUGCCGCUGCUGCUGCUGCUGCUGCUGCCGCCGCGGACGAGGCUCCCGCGGAGUACCCGCUGACUCCGGAGCGACACCACUCGGCGGAUGCCUCGGAUGAUGAGAGCGCUGCGGUGCCCGCUGCUAAGCGGCACCUCAUACCGGAAUGGGCGCGGAGCCAUCGUCUCUAUGGAGCAUUAAUCGAGCAAACGCGUGUCGAUCCAGACACCAUAUUUCCCCGCGUCCAUACCUGCGACCUGGUCGAUAUCUUCGGCGGCGGGACAAAUCGUCCGAGAUAUCGACGUCGCACUUCCAGCGGCGACUGGGUCCGUGAUCGCCUCACCUGGCGCGAGGAGGCUGCAUAUCGCAAGGCCCUGGGCUUUGACCCGUAG